GGCCGUCCCAGCAUUCCCUGCGCCCCACCCUCCAGAGCGGCUUCCGGUGUCGCUGGUGUAGGUGGGUGAAGAAGGAGCGGGCUCUCAGCACUAGGUCUCAUUCCCUCGCGCUCUCUCGGGCAACAUGGCGGCCGUGGAGGAGGCAGUGUCCUCCGGGAGCCUCCUGAAUGGCGAUCUGGAUCCAGACGACAGGGAAGAGGGAACUACCUCUACGGCUGAGGAGGCAGCCAAGAAGAAAAGACGAAAGAAGAAGAAGAGUAAAGGGGCUGCCACAGGGCAACAGGAACAUGAUAAAGAAUCAGGAACCUCAGUUGAAGAGGUAGCAAGACAGUUGGAAAGACAAGCAUUGGAAGAGAAAGAAAGAGAUGAUGACGAUGAAGCAAAAGUUCAAACAGACCCUCCCUCAGUUCCAAUAUGUGACCUGUAUCCUAACGGUGUAUUUCCCAAAGGACAAGAAUGCGAGUACCCACCCACACAAGAUGGGCGAACAGCUGCUUGGAGAACUACAAGUGAAGAAAAGAAAGCAUUAGAUCAAGCUAGUGAAGAGAUUUGGAAUGAUUUUCGAGAAGCUGCGGAAGCACAUCGACAAGUUAGAAAAUAUGUUAUGAGCUGGAUCAAGCCUGGAAUGACAAUGAUAGAAAUCUGUGAAAAGUUGGAAGACUGUUCACGAAAGCUAAUAAAAGAGAAUGGAUUAAAUGCAGGCCUGGCAUUUCCUACUGGGUGUUCUCUCAAUAACUGUGCUGCCCAUUAUACACCCAAUGCUGGUGACACAACAGUAUUACAGUAUGAUGAUAUCUGUAAGAUAGACUUUGGAACACAUAUAAAUGGUAGAAUUAUUGACUGUGCUUUUACUGUCACUUUUAAUCCCAAAUAUGAUACAUUAUUAAAAGCUGUAAAAGAUGCCACUAACACUGGAAUAAAGUGUGCUGGAAUUGACGUUCGUCUUUGUGAUGUUGGUGAGGCCAUCCAAGAAGUAAUGGAAUCCUAUGAGGUUGAAAUAGAUGGGAAGACAUAUCAAGUGAAACCAAUCCGUAACUUAAAUGGACAUUCAAUUGGGCCAUAUAGAAUACAUGCUGGGAAAACAGUACCCAUUGUGAAAGGAGGAGAGGCAACAAGAAUGGAGGAAGGAGAAGUGUAUGCCAUUGAAACCUUUGGUAGCACAGGAAAAGGCGUUGUUCAUGAUGAUAUGGAAUGUUCACAUUACAUGAAAAAUUUUGAUGUCGGACAUGUGCCAAUAAGGCUUCCAAGAUCAAAACACUUGUUAAAUGUCAUCAAUGAAAACUUUGGCACCCUUGCCUUCUGCCGGAGAUGGCUGGAUCGCUUAGGAGAAAGUAAAUACUUGAUGGCUCUGAAGAAUCUGUGUGACUUGGGCAUUGUAGAUCCAUAUCCACCAUUAUGUGACAUUAAAGGAUCAUAUACAGCACAGUUUGAACAUACCAUACUGUUGCGUCCAACAUGUAAAGAAGUUGUCAGCAGAGGAGAUGACUAUUAAACUUAGUCCAAAGCUACCAUAACGUCUUUUAUUUUCUAAGCUUUGUUGGAAUACAUUAUACCAGAGUUGAUUUGCAACAUGUUGUCUAACAGUGGACCUAUAUAAUACUUUUAUUCGUGUUUAAAAAGGAAGGAGUUUGAUCAAAGGCAAACCAUCUAAUGUAAUUAACCACGGAAAAAGUUUUCAGGACUUUCAAAUGUUAACUGUGUUUCUCCUGUCUAAAAAAUGCUAUAAAGUUCGAAUUAGGUAGGAAUGACUUAAACAUUUUGUUUUGAACACCUAAGAGAUGUUUUCAGAUAUUUAUAUUGCCAUAUUCUUAUUUGAAUGCUUUGAAUGACUACAUCCAGUUCUGCACCUCUACCUUCUGGUAUUGCUUUUUAACCUUCCUGGAAUCCAUUUUCUAAAAAAUAAAGACAUUUUCAGACCUAAGAGCUACACUUCACUGUCUGUGGUUAUAAUUUUGCACAGGAAAAAGCUAAACUUAAUGUAGGGAAAUGUAGAGCUUUUUAUCUGGAUUGUAGACCUCUAUGCUGAAACUUUUUUUCUGACAUAGUGGCUAAACAAGAUCUACACGUAUAAAGUGGGAGAAGCUUCAUAAAUUAAUACACAGCUUUAGGAAUAUUUUGCCUUUGUUUUUAGGACCAUUAUUAGGCCUUUUCAUUUUUUUCCCUGACAUUUGAAAGAUCUAUUUCUAACAUGACUUAGUAGGAACAUUGUAUAACUUGAAACCUUGAUUUAGUAAAAUCUCAGCAUUUAGAUCCUUUGUCCAGUGUUAUAUUAGGAAAUGUAUUCAGCUUGCGCAGUAAACCAAAAAGGUAUUUUACACCACAAAAACAGGAAAAUUUCCCAUGGUUGGGUCUUCUAGUUAGAAAAGUUAGAUUCAGUUAUUAGGCUUUUUCAUUAGUGAACCAAAUCCUUUAAUGCCCUGUACCUUGCCUGGUUUGGAUUUAUAACAUGGGUGGCAUUUCAGAAAGUGAGGCUGUAGUGACUCAUUAUAGCAGCUAAGUGCAUAAGUUGAAUGUAAGAUGCAUAAUACUUGAACUGAGCCCCACUAGCGAUUCUUGAACAAAUUUUGCUUGAAUUCUAUGUAAAUGAUUUUUUGGGAAUAUUUCAACAAAAUUUCAAAAUAGUUAUGUACUAAGGUAAAGCCUUAAUUUGUAUGUUUAGCAUAGUAACAUUUAUUGCCUCUGGGUUGCAAUUUUGUAUUUUGUUUAAUGUUUUUCUUAUAGGAAGAAAAACCUGAUUUCUGUACUUAGAUCAUUUAUUAUACAUUAAAAAGCCGCUUUCAGCAUUCAAGCUAUAAAUGAAUGUUAUCUUGUGGGAUAAACAAUCUAGUUUAGCUAUAUGAGCCAUGUUUACUAUGGUGCUAAUGUUCAGUAGCUACCUUUGAAUAAGUUCUCCAUUUUCUGUGAUGUGCUAGAGGCAGAGCUCACCAGUUCAUGCUUAGAUAUGUUGCAGGGCUUGGGCCCUUCCAUCUAGCUCUUUGGAGUUUUGAGUCCAUACCAUUUUGAUGAACUUUGAUGGGAGGUAUAAAGUAUCCUGAUUUCCAAGCUCCAGAAUUUUAGAAUUGGCCCUUUGAGUAAUUUUGGAGCUUUGUGAGACCUUUUUAGCAGUAGGGAUCUCAAACCAUUUAUGAGAUCCAAGCUCCCUCCCCAAGUAACUGUUGGGAGCAAUGGCAUCACUUGUAUUCCCCUGGAAUGGCUGGAAGGGAUAUGAUCUUGUAAAUAGGAAAGCUGUCACUUAAGAAAAAACUGUAUUGUUUAUCUACUAGCCGUGUAUCUCUUGAAAUCAUUUUGUCAUGUUUAUAAUGAUGUACCUUAUUGGUAAUCUAUUAUUAGUUUGAAUGUUUAACAAUAGUGCCUUUAGUAAAUUAUUUUACAACCAAAA